GUUCUUCUUGAACUUUUUUUUUUGUACUCGAUUUAAAUCACUUUUUACAUGUUUUAUCUUGCGUUUAUGGGACUUUUUUAGGUUUUUCUUUUCUUUUUCCCUUCGAGCUAUCGUAGUUUCCGGACAUUUUUUUGGUGCCUUUUCUCCUCGUUUCCUAUGAGAUUUAAGAACUAGAAGCUGAGCUUCUUUCUGAAAUUUUCUUGAAAAUUCUAUCAAUUUUAGUUUCUCUGCAGUAGUUAUGGUUUAUCUACUCCAAAUCCAUAUUUUUGAAACAUGACCACGGUUCUCUCCAAAAGAAGGCGAAAAAAAAAGAAACAAGAGUUUGAUUGACGAAGAUUUGUUUUACGAAAGUCGGAGUAUAAUCAUGUUGAAGUUAUUUAGAGGUUUGAUUCUUGUUGCAUUCCUCGAUCAUCUUUUCUGAUUUCUUGUUUAUCCACGUUAGGUUUUCCGGGUAAUCAUGUCAUUUUCAGAAGUUGAAGAUGAGAUCGUGCCACAGUUCAUCAGAGACUAUCGCUUUGUCGAUGAAAACAAGACGCCGAUCUCGUUCUCGGUUCUGCCUUCCUGGUGGCAUGGAGCAGAGAGACCCAACACCAGUAGAGGUCGAGUUUUCUUGCGUGGCAUUGCCGACGGCCACCAGGUGGUCUAUAAACAAGUGACUUCCUGGAAGCUUGGGCUUGAAGGGGGUAAGCCUGAGAUUUCGGUGCUGACGAAGGAAAAUGAGUGGAUAAGGCUUCUCAAACCAAGGGAGAGCUACUUGGAGACUGCGAGGACGAUAAUGAUCACUAUACAUUGGCUUCACUUUUUAAGAAGGAAUCCGGGAGCUUGUGCAAAGAGUGUUUGGGAACAUCUAUCCAAACUUUUCCGUUCGUUUGAGGUCAGACCUUCUGAGAAUGACCUCAGGGAUCACACCUCGUUGAUCAAGCUGGUUGCAGAGAGAGACAACAUAUUAUCAAACUCUCAGCUAGUGGUGGCUCUGAAGGAGAAGCUAGGGAAGAGACUAAUUUCUGCUGUGGCUGUUCAAAGCGAUCUAGAUGACAAAAAAGAAUUUAUUGCCAAUGAUGUUGAAGUGGACGAGGGCAUAGGAGAUGCUGAUAGCGAGGAAUCCAAUGAACAGAGAGGGUUAUUUGAUUCAAUAUGUGCCAUUUGUGACAAUGGUGGCGAAAUUUUGUGCUGUGAAGGCAGGUGCCUGAGGUCCUUUCAUGCCACUAGAGAUGCAGGCAUUGAUACAGAUUGUAGAUCCCUUGGCUACUCCAGGGCUCAAGUAGAGGCAAUGCAGAUAUUUCUAUGCAAGAAUUGCCAGUAUAAGCAACAUCAAUGCUUUGCCUGUGGAAAGUUGGGUUCCUCGGAUGAAACAGCUGGUGCUAAGGUGUUUCAAUGUGUUUCUGCAACUUGUGGUCACUUCUACCAUCCAAAAUGUGUUGCGCGAUUACUUUUUCCUGAAAAUCAAGAAGAAGCAACCGAAUGUGAAAGAAAAGUUGCGAACAGGGAAUCCUUUACAUGCCCUAUUCAUAAGUGCAUCGUUUGUAAACAAGCAGAAAACAAAGAGAUCUGGGAGCUGCAGUUUGCACUGUGUAGACGCUGUCCGAAGUCAUACCAUAGAAAGUGUUUGCCAAGGAAAAUUUCUUUUGAAGGUUCAGAGAAAAAAGGUGUCAUGCUGAGGGCUUGGGAUGGUCUUCUCCCAAAUCGUAUCUUGAUUUACUGCCUGAGGCAUGAGCUUGAUAAAGAUCUUGGAACACCCAUACGAGACCGUAUCAUAUUUCCUGAAGUCAUGGAAAAGAGAAAAACAGCGGAUGAACCAAAAAAACUUGAGAUUUCGUUGAAGAAAAGGAAGCUCUCUGAUGACUUGCCUGAAAAGCUGCCUUCUGAAAAUUCAGUGAAAUUAUUUGAAAAGCUUUCUUGUGCAGAAGAUAGUUAUGCUGCAGGUAAAGCUGGGAGAAUUGAUGCAAAGCAAAUGGUAGGCCACAAGAAAAAAGUUGAUAUUUUUAGAAACACAGAAUUGGACUCAAGUAAGGCAUUGAAAGUGAAGGGGAAAGCUCCAGCGUCAGAUAUUUCUCCAAUCUUGACUGGAGAGAAGUUUCAUAGCUCAUUUCCUGUGAUAGAUGGUGUAACGAAAAGAAAGCCGCUAAAUCAAGCCAUGAGCAAGCAGUGCUGUUGCUGCUUUCCAACAGUUCAGCUUGUUUCUUUAAUGGAGGAGGUAUCAUCCACAUUAACACUUGAAGAUGUUGUAAAAAAGCACUUGACACCAUCAACUCAUUCAUACUCUGCAAGGCACAUUGACAAGAGCAUUACUCUGGGAAAGGUGGAGGGUUCUGUUGUGGCUAUUCGAACAGCUUUACAAAAACUAGAAGAUGGUGCGAGCAUGGAAGAUGCCAAAGCUGUAUGUGAACCUGAUGUAGUCAGUCAGAUAAUUAAGUGGAGGAAUCACCUCGGAGUUUAUCUCGCACCAUUUCUCCAUGGUAUGCGCUACACGUCUUUCGGACGCCAUUUCACAAAAGUGGAGAAACUUAAGGAGAUUGUGGAUAUGCUUCAGUGGUACGUAGAAAGCGGUGACAUGAUAGUUGACUUCUGCUGUGGUGCCAAUGACUUUAGUAUACUAAUGAAAGACAAGCUGGAUGCUGUUGGGAAGAAAUGCUCAUUUAAAAAUUAUGAUAUCAUGUCACCAAAGAAUGAUUUCAAUUUUGAGAAGAGGGAUUGGUUUACAGUGCAGCUAAAUGAGUUACCUGCUGGGUCUAAAUUGAUCAUGGGGCUCAAUCCUCCCUUUGGGGUCAAAGCAUCACUUGCCAACAAGUUCAUUGACAAAGCCCUGACAUUCAGACCAAAGCUCCUCAUUCUGAUUGUCCCCAGGGAGACUAGAAGAGUCGAUAAGAGAGAUCCAAGAUAUGACCUAAUCUGGGAGGACUCUUUUAAACUUUCAGGGAAGUCCUUCUACCUACCUGGUUCUGUUGAUGACGAUGAACAACAGAUUGAACAGUGGAACUUGAGACCACCUCCCCUCUAUCUAUGGAGCCGCAGUGGCUGGACAGAGAGGCACAGGGAUAUAGCUAUAAGGCAUGGCCACAUGUCCAAGGAACAUGCUGGGUCUUCUGAUGAAGAAAGUCAAAAAGAUAGACCAGUAGAUGCUCCUCCCGCAGAGCAAAAUGAAGAGAGAGAUUCUGCUCCAAAAGAGAGAGAGCAUGAGGUUAAGAAAGAUUGCGAUAGUUCUUCAAUAAACCCCGUGGAUAGGUCCCAAAGAAGAGAAUCAAACUGUAAUGACGAGGUAUUGAAGGGAAUAGAGAAAGAUGAUCUGUCAGAUAUGGGCAUUUCACCUCCUGAUAGGAAUGAUUACCCAUUCCCAUUUGAAAACCAACUUCCAUCCAUUUCUUCUGGAACUCUUUUAGAUAGGGCGCCUUCUGGCUUGUUCGACUUCGCACUUUGUCCAGAACCCCCGUCAUUCGACCAGCGUUCUUGUGGUUGGCUUGAUGACUGAUGGUACAUUUAGAUCGUUUUUUGUAGACUCGGCAUGAAUUAUAACCAUCUAUGGUCACACGGUUUUGGAGUUUGUUACACAUUGCACAAACACUUGUAAAUUCUUAAUGAACUUCUUUUUUGAUAUUGUUAUAGUUAUGAGGCUUAUUGGCA